AUGAAUGCUUCAAGUGAAUUGGACCCUUUUAAGGAAGAUCACCUUCUAUAUGAAAUAACUCAGAGGGGAUGUGAAGACAGGUACCUGGAGAAUGAUCCCUACAGUCAGAUAUUCAAGAUUUACAACAUCCUUGUCCUUGCCCUUGCUCCACUUAAUGUUCUACUGAAUGGCCUUUCUCUGCGGAUAUUUGAGCACCGCCUGUGGAAAAACAAUUCUUUGAGUGCAAUUCUCAAGAGUCUUUCCGUCUUUGAGAUCUGUUUCGGGUGCAGUCUUUUCUUUCAUACCAUCACAAGCAAAACCCUUGACCUCUACGUCAACAAGGAGGGCCAACUUGCGGACAAUCUUACCGAUUAUCAGAGCCAACACCAUGUUAGGCUGGUGGCCGCUCUGAUCGUGAUACAUCAAGGGCUCAGUGGAUUCCUCUUUGCCUUUCAGCUUAGCAGAAACUGGUCUGUGGUCCUUCUAGCUGCAUAUAGAUACGACGCUAUAUGCCGCAAGCUGGGCACCGUAUCCUCAUUCCCUAGAGAGCGAAUUCCCUUAAUUAUGAUAAUCACUCUGAUUUCAGCAGGUCUUUUUGCUCUUCCACGCAUGUUCGAGAUAAAGUCCUAUAUCUGUGCACCUACCGCAAUUAUAUAUCAAGAAGAACCGUUGCUCGCACGAAGUAUAUUCUACCAACUGAUUUAUCUUGGAAUUGGUACAUUUAUUGUCCAGUCUGGAGGACCUGUGCUUUGUGUGUGUGUACUAAGCUCUUUUGUUAUCCGCAAAAUAGCAAUCCGGCGUCGAUUUCGUCGGCAGAACCAGCGUACAGUGCUGGUCACUUCUAGCAAAGAUGAUCCCGGUUCAGGUGUGGAGCCUCUCGCGGCCACGAAAACCGUUGAAAGGAACCAGCCCUCUGGUGAUAAACUGAUGCUCGCUCUGUGCUUCACUUUUUUUAUCCUCGAGACGCCAGCAUUUUUCAGCAAAAUUCUCAGUUCCUACACCUCCAAGUAUCAUCCCACUGUCGAUGUGUAUAUGUCUGUGAUCGCAAACCUCCUUAUAUACCUUGAUUCAACUUUCAAUGCUUUCGUCUACAUGGGAUCCAACCCCACAUUUAGACAAGUCGCAAAAUCAAUGUUUGGACGGGAUGAGAAAAGUAAACUGUCUAAGCCGGGCAAGAGUAGAAGUAAGUUAUUCAUGCAGUAA